UUGCGAAGAGCUGUUCUUCGCGUUGGUUGGACCUGUGGUGGCUGUGGAUUUUUUUUUUUUGUUGGUGGUGUCGUUUCUUUUGACAACGGAGCAGCAUAUUUGACGAACUUCGACGGAGCGGCCAUUCGGAAUUCUCGACGUUUUCUUUUUCUGCGAGGUACCCGAGUGAUGUUCAGUGCGCGAAUCGGGAUCCAGUUCGACGGUUGCACGUGAACACAAAGGACUCGCUCAAAAGCCCGACACCACCACGAACCAUGGGGACGACGCCACGUCCCGGAUCCGUCCUGGCGUCGACUGUCCUGAUCCUGGUCAUCGCUAUCCUUGGCAGCCGUCCUUGCCUCGGACAAGGAGACACCGAGGCCAGCCUGGUGCGAUGCAACGACACCUGUGCCUCCUGGCUCAUCUCGAAUACAGCCUACGACGAAAACAACAAGAACAGCAGCGGCGGCAGUGUCAACUCAACCGGCAUGUUGUCGUACCCGGACAACGUCUUCCAGCGCUCCAACGUGUGCCGCUGCGACGACGAGUGCGUCAAGUUCGGAGACUGCUGCCGCGACGCGCCGGCGCUGCUGAGGGCGACGUCAGAAGACGCCGUGGAGUGGGAGUGCGUGCGCGUUCGAAGCGACAUGCAGGCGACUUGGGUGCGACGCGCCUGCAUGCCGGGAUGGAACGGACCCGACGAAGUACGGGUCCAGUGCGAGCUCGGGGCCAACGCCCGGAUCACGGACCCCAACGGAAUGGCUCCCGUGACGUCGCCCCGGACGAACGUGACGUACGCGAACGUCUUCUGCGCCGCCUGCAACGACGACCUGAACGACACCCGACGCUGGCAGGUGAACCUCGACUGCAAGGAAUUCUACGGCCUCAUCAACAUGACGGGCGACGACAUCCGAAACAACAUUCAACUCGAUCCCACAAACUCCAGCUGGGGGGUGUGGUUCACCGCUCCGGGAGACUACCGACGCUUCUUCGCCUGCGCCUUGGAGUACGCGCCCCAGAACUUGUCUAGCACAUACACCUGCAACUCUUUCGUGUCGACAUGUGAUCCCAGUUGGGCUGGCACGGAGACCGAGAAGGAGUGUCGCUCAUACCAGUCGGUGAUCAACGUGUACGGCAUAAACUAUCGCAACCCGGAGUGCAUGGUCUGCAACAACGACACUGCUCCGCACCAGGUCUGCGGCUUCUACAGCGACACCAGCUUCGUCAGCCCCCGGGGCUUCAGCUUCAGCAUCCUCAUGGACGUCAGCCCCUCCGCGGGCAACAUCGUCGGAAAGAAGAGCCUCUGCAAGAAGGGCGAACUGUACGACCCGUUCUACAAGGUCUGCCGGAACGUCCUGUGUGGCGUGCCAGGCUACGUCCUCGAGGGCGACAAGUGUGUCCGGGGCGAGGACGAGAACGAGAUCGAGCCGAGAAUCGGCAAUGGUACCGUCUCCUACACCCAGGAGUUCCUUGCGUGCCGAAAGACGACAUUGAACAAGGGCGAGUACACCAUACGGCUCAACGGCUACCUCUACGCGACGCGCUAUGACCGCGACUUUGCUCCCGGCAGCUACAUGCUAGACGGCGAGCUACGGGCCCUCGUGUGUAUAAUCUUUAACGGGACCAACGAGAUAGCCAAGUUCUCCAAGACCAUGGGCUACGUCUCGGCCGUGGGACUGGGCGUGUCCAUCUCGUGCCUCGUGGCCCACCUUCUCGUCUUUCUUGUGGUUCCCGACGUGAGGAACCUCUCUGGUCAGAACCUCGCCUGCCUCUCCGCCUCACUUCUCGUCGCUUACCUCAGCUUCCUCUUCGGCAUGAUCGGUGAGCCGCCCGCGCGAGCUUGCCAGGCAUCUGCCGUCACCACUUACUACUUCUUCCUUGCCUCCUUCUUCUGGAUGAGCACGAUGGCGUUCGACGUGUGGCGGACACUGCGCGUCGCCACGCGUGAACUGCGUGUCAGCUCCGGCACCCAGUGGCGGCGCUUCUUCUUCUACAGUCUUGCCUCGUGGGCCCUUCCUGCCAUAGUCGUCGGUCUCGCGGUCUUCUUCGACGACCGCUCCUCUGGCAUGCCCGAAGACUUGCGACCCCUCUUCGGGCGCCACGGCUGCUGGUUUGGGCAGCGGAAGGCCCUCCUCAUCUUCUUUGCUGGCCCGGCCGGCGCAUUAAUGCUCCUCAACAUCACGCUCUUCACCUCGACUGCCAUCAUGGUGAUCAGCUCGACAAAGUCCAGCGUCAAGCGCUCCGGCAGUGCCGCCCGGCGCAACUUCAGCCUCUACGUCCGCCUCUCCACCAUGAUGGGCCUCACCUGGACCCUGGGUUUGGUGGCCGGAUACCUUGACGUCGAAGCACUGUGGUACCUCUUCGUCCUCUUCAACGCGUUCGAGGGGCUGCUCAUAUUCGUCUGCUUCUCGUGCACCCGCAAGGUCUGGACCUACCUCCGCGACAACGUGCUCAUGUGCAUCAAGCGCGAGCCUUACCGCACAGGCACGCUCAGCUCCGGAUCCGGCUACAACUCCAACAGCACCGGAACGACGAGCUCGGGCUUCUCGCGCAAGGCGUCGCCUCGCAGCUCGACAAACUACAAGCGCACCGCACCGUACCUCGGCAAGAAGACCAGCAUGGACAUGUACUAGGAGUUCCCUUUCCUCUCCCUUUUUUUUCCCCAGCUACGGUGUGCUGUCAAGCCAAGUGCGAGUAUUUCUUACGGCGUAGCUCUUUGGCACACACGAGUACCGCAUUCUUGUCAAGUGUUGAUGCGGAGUUGCCACGAGCCUCAACCUCGCUCCUUUGGCGAAUGUAGCCACCUCCGCUGACAACGUUUCAAGUGUUCCUAUCCCCAUGCGUGGUUCCUGAAUCUCAUCAGUGUCAUAUUUAUCGUUGAGCACCAUCGACACGCAUCUUUAACCCAUGCUCCUGUAAACAGCCGCAAGUCAGCGACUUUCCCCAAGUCUUCUCAGGACGAUUCCGUCAGUUUGUCUCUCUUAUUUAUCACCGUCGGGACCAACUUAUGAUCAUCGAGUGUGCUUUCGGACUGCAUCGCAGCGCCGAGGAGUGCGUUUCUUGUGGAACAGUUUUAUCAAUUUUACGGCCUGUUUCGUGCCAACGGUGGGAAGAACUCUCCGUAGGCGCGACUGUGAAAUACCAAAGUCAUGUGAUGUAUGUCUGUGUGUAAUUGUGCGAGUGCAUUAGAAGACUUUCAUCUCAUGUAAAUAUCUUAACCUGAGACUCUUAAUGUCAACACUGUAAAUAAAGAUGUAGAUAUGUUAAA